CACUGCUGCUUGCUACGCGCAUCGGAAUGUGUACGUGUUCUUUUCUAUCGAAACAAAGUGUGGUGAAUAGACCUCGUGUGGACCGUUUAACGUAAAUCCAUAAAAAGAUAAAAUGUCUGGAAGCAUUGAAGCCCUACAACUCCAGGAGCAGGAUGCGGUUAAAAUCCUCUCCGCCGGUGCUCACAUUGGCGCUGAAAAUGUAAAUUUUCAAAUGCGCCCAUACGUAUAUAAAAGACGUGAGGAUGGUCCUCACAUAAUCAACAUGCGCUGCACCUGGGAGAAACUGCUCCUGGCUGCCCGCGCCAUCGCCGCUAUUGAACACCCAUCGGAGGUGUAUGUCAUCAGCGGUCGCCCAUACGGUCAGCGCGCCGUAUUGAAAUUCGCUGCCCACACCGGUGCUACCGCAAUUGCCGGACGCUUCACCCCCGGUGCGUUCACCAAUCAGGCCCAGACUGCCAACUUCCGGGAGCCACGUCUCCUGAUUGUCACCGACCCAGCUGUAGAUCACCAGGCCAUCGCUGAGUCUUCUUAUGUCAACAUCCCAGUCAUUGCUUUCUGCAACACUGACUCACCCCUCCGUUUCGUCGACAUUGCCAUCCCAUGCAACAACAAGGGUAAACUCAGCGUGGGUCUCAUGUGGUGGUUCCUGACCAGAGAAGUCCUCAGAAUGAAGGGAACUAUUCCUCGUGAAGGCAAAUGGGACGUUGUUGUGGAUCUUUACAUCUACAGAGACCCAGAAGAGGUUGAGAAGGAGGAACAAGAUGCCUUGGCCGCUGCUCCAGUCAAAGAAUUGACUGCUCCAGUAAUGAUGGACACCGCUGUCGCUGAGAACUGGGGUGCUGAUGAUGUUGCUGUUGUUGCACCAGUUGCUGUACCAGCAAUUGACGAAUCCGUCACUGCACCCGCUGUCGAGAGCUGGGCUGACGAUAUCCCACAAGCUAUCAACUGGGGUGCCACCGCAACCCUGGACCCCAAUGCACCCACGUGGGGUGGCAGCAACCAACCCAACUGGGGUUAAAUCAUAAAAUCGUGAUUUCGACAAUUUGACAAUCUAGAGAACUUCUUUUAUUACUAUUGACAUCAUCUUCACUGACUUCUAUGAGCCUUCAAGAAUAUUUUUAUAAUCAUGCAUUGACAGAUUUUAGGAUCCAAGUCGAAUUGUUAUCUCAAGAGAGAUUCUUUUGAUAUCUACUUUUUGAAAAGAUCAUUCAAAUAAUGUAAUUAACUGAUUGUCGAUUUGUAAAGAAAAUUUAUUUACAUUCAGAUCGAUAAUCUGACAUUGAAAAAAGAUAGAGAAAGAUGUAAAUAGAUUUUUUAUAGGGGAGAGAAAGCGGGAGAGUGAACAAAUGAAAUAAACAAACUACCCGUACUUAAUUUAGUAUUGGGGGAAAAAAUUAAAAA